UCUCUCUCUGUAACGCGUCUGCGACUCAGUUUGAGUGUCAGUGAGUCAGUGGCGGACAGAAUCAUCAUCAUCAUCCUCACUGUAACAGCUUUACGAGCACAUUUCACUCACUGGAAACCUGUGUCAUUCCCAGCGAGGAUCGUAAAACUGAAAGUCUGUGGGAAGUUUGUUGAACACUGUAGUCUCGUUUUGGAUUUAUUUGGGUCUGCGAGCUCGUGUUUGAGACUCUGUGAACUUCAUCAAAGCGCGUCACAAUGUGUCCCCAGAGUUUGCUGUGGCUUCUCGGUGUGCUGGGCUUCUGCGCUCGGGCGCUCGGGGCUCGUGAAUGCGUACCGUGCGGUUCGGCCCGGGUUCUGGCCCGUGACCCGUGCGGCUGCUGCGAGCGGUGCUCUCGGCUGGAGCUCGAGCUGUGCGGCGGGCCUGACUGGACUCUGGGCUACUGCGGAUCCGGACUCACCUGCGCGGCGCUCAACGGAACCGGACCGGCGCGCAUACCUGAGACGGGUGUCUGCAGAGCGGUACCCGACGCGACGGAUGCAGAUGAGCAUUGCCCGCUGGUGAGCGGCUGUGAGAGCGUGGAUGGAGAGUGUGUGUGUGAAUCCAAACACUCGUGCAUCCAGACCUACAGCUUUCCCAACAGAGACGCAUGCGUGCAUGCUGGGAAAACAGGUUCUCUCCGUCACGAACACAGACACAGGCUUGUGGGUCCCGUGAACCCGGCGUGUGUGUUUUCUGGCUGUAAUCUGACGGCCGACGGCUGUGUUUGUUCGUCUCAGAGCUGCGACGAUCACUUCACGUACGCCAACCGCAGUCAGUGCCAGCGAGCCGCAGUUUCUCCCAGGUGUGUUCAUAACGGUAAGGAGUUCACAGAAGGCGAGGUGUACCGAAUGGACCCCUGCUGGUUGUGUCAGUGUCGAGUUGGAGUGUCGUUCUGCUCUAAAGCCGAAUGCGCCGAACUGGACUGCGAGAACUUCUACGUUCCUGAAGGGGAAUGCUGUCCCGUCUGUAUAGAUGUGGAGCUGCUGUCGGUGGAGAGCACUAAAGCGAGCUGCUGGGUGAAUCACAGACUGCGGGCGCACGAGGAGCAGUGGAAGGAUGACGACUGCACCUUCUGUCAGUGUGUGGACGGAGAGCCGCACUGCACCGCCAUGGCCUGCAAACAGAGCUGCCAGAACCCUGUUAAGAUCCCUGGAGAGUGCUGCCCCUUCUGUGAGGAGCCGUCAUAUGAGACGGUGAGCCCGCUGCUCUGCCCACCGUUGGAAAACUGCUCUCUCUCUGGGCACGACUGCCCAUUCGGCUUCCAGCAAGACCCUAGCGGCUGUCUGCUGUGCCAGUGUGUCAGCGAUGAAACCUGUCCUGACGUGUCCACGUACUGCUCUCUGGAGUGUCCCCUGGGUUAUGAGAAAGACAACUAUGGUUGUGAAGUGUGUGAAUGUAGUGUAUCUGCACCAAAAUGCCGCCCCAUGACCUGCAGCAAGACGUGCCCUUAUGGAUACAUGAGGAACAAGCACGGCUGUGAGAUGUGCCGCUGCGUCCGCUGUCCGCCGUUCACCUGCGACAAACACUGCGGCGGCGGCUUCAGAAAGAGCAGGAAGGGCUGCAGCGUCUGCGAGUGUGAAGAUGCAGACAGCACCAGCGCCUCCAUCACCGUCUCCUCCAGCUUCUGUCUGACGGCGAGCGGCCAGCGCUUCGAGGAUGGAGACGGAUGGCACGACGGCUGCCGGGACUGUUUCUGUCACGCCGGCCGAGAGAUGUGUGUGCUGAUCACCUGCUCCGUACCCACCUGCACCCACCCUGUGCUCCACCCAAACCAGUGCUGCCCCGGCUGUGAGGCAGACGAGUCGGGCAGCGGGCAGCCGGAGGGUCUGGAUCUGGUGGUGUGUCGUGCUCCCGGAGGAGAGCUGUUCGUGGAGGGAGAGACGUGGCGUCUGGACGAGUGCACCAGCUGUACGUGUCGGCUGGGAAGAGUGUUGUGUGAUUCUGAAGCGUGUCCUCCGGUUCUGUGUCACACGCCUGUCAGGAGCAGAGACGGCUGCUGCUAUGUCUGUCCAGAGGACAAACUGGAGACGCUGCGUCCCGAGUUCUGCGUCUCCAGCUCUGGAGAAAUCCUGCAGGCCGGUGAUUCGUGGAAGCCGAACGCCUGCAGCAGCUGCGUCUGCCGUAAUGGGAGCGUCCAGUGCUUCUCGCAGCAGUGUCCGGCUGCCGACUGCAGGGUCCCUGUGCUGCGGAAGGGCCAGUGCUGCCCGCAAUGCAUGCUGGAGAUCACGAACACAUCAGUGCCGGUAAUGCUGUCGACGGCCGUCACCGAGAGCCGGAUCACCGCCGCUCCUCCGGUCCUCGCCGUCACCGAUGGUGAAGGUCUCUCGCGGGACGUCCCGAGCCAGACGCAGAUGACGCUCAUCUACCAAUCAGCGGCCUGGAUUCUGGCGGGAAUCCUGCUGGCUGUGGUCAUCUUCCUCCUGGUGGCCAUCCUGGUGAACCGCAGGAAGAACUGGGUUCAGAUGUCCUGCUACGGCGCGCCCAAGAAGACGGUGAUCCUGCAGAAACACGUGAAUAAGAGUUCGCUCGUUUACAUGGAGCCGUCCAGAGAGAACCAGUUCCAGAGUCUGAAGAGCGACGGCUCCGUGAGCUUCCCGACAGACGCCAGCAAAGAGCAGAUCUCUAUCCCUCGCGCUAAACUCGCCAGCGGACACGUCGAGCGCUAGCGUCCGUCUCACUCUUCAGAGGCCAGAAACUCCACCGAACGCUGGCGACUCCUGGAGCUUCGGCCUCCAGCGCAAGAACAACCAAGUACUGUGAACCGCUCGACAUCUCCCGCUUUAUUAGUGUUUGUAUGAUGUUCGGAGCGUCCGACACUUUGACAGACGUGGAGCAGUUCGGCGUCGUUCCAUGAUGGAGAAUCAAACCAAACGUUCAGGAACCAGACGGAUCUUCUGACUGCUCACAGACAUUGGUGAGAUCCAUACGGACCACAGUAAAGAGAUCUGCAUCAUAUUCUGAGGCCUUACGGCACAGACGUGUUUCCGGACCUCUCCAGUCUGUUUUUCGUUUCUAUACGUUAAAGUGUUUUACUUGUAGUUUGUUGUUAGUCGCUUAUAAGCCUCGUGACGGACUAAACAUUCCCCACGUUCAGAACCAACUCGACUUUUUAUAUCUUUUUUUUAAUGUAAUAUAUAGAU